UUCAUUUGUGAUUCAGCCCCUUUCACCAUGGUUGUCAUGCAAACUUCCUACUUUGAUCAGCAGAGGGUGGAGAGGGAGAAAGCCCGCAGAGGCCGGGGCCGCGGCGCGCCGCGGCGCCCUUGGCGGGUCCCCGCCCCCUUCCGGAAGGAGCCGCGGGGACGCAGCAUCCUGCACCUUGACCUGUCUAGACGGCCCCCGAGUUUUUGUCCCGGUUACCAAGGGCGAGGGGUGCUCUUUGACCCCCGCGCGGGGCGGAGGUGGUUGGCCAAAGGGUCCUCUGAAUCCUCGCUGGAUUCCGGAGGGAGAGGGGCGCGCGGAGACGGGCACCAGCUGUUCCAAAGACAGCGCAGCCGCCCCUGCGAGAGGGGCGAUUCGAUUCCCUUAGCCCAGUCGGAGGCAUUCCUCACAGACCUCUUGGAUAAAGUGUGUGAGCGAAUGAAUGACUACAAGCUCGAAGAAGACCCCGUGACUAAGGAGAAGACUUUCAAGAGAUUUGCUCCAAGGAAAGGAAACAAAAUAUACAAAGAAUUUUUAAAAUUCUCUUUUUAUUCUGAUGCUUACAGACAUUUGAAAUUCUCGUGUGAAACUAUAAUGGAAGAGUACGAAGAUGAAAUAUUCUCACUUAUCGCCCAGGAGGCACACUGCCUCGCUGACAAGCUGUGCAGUGAAAAACCAGGUCUGUGUGAAACUUCUGCUAAUCACACUGAACUCUAGGAAUGACGGUGCUGCUAGUUAGAGGAGAGACAAGUCACAGCCCCAAGGUCAAUGUCUGCAUUUCUGUCCGCAUGUUUCUUCAUGAGAAGAAACUUUACGUCUCUUGUUCAUACUGCAUUGUCUCAUGUUUGAUAUUUUAUUGAAAAGCUCUUGUUUGGCAUCAUGACGAGCCCCAAUUCUUUCUAUAGGUGAAGCUGAGGAGUGCAUGAAACGAAUUACCUUUGUAGACUUUGAUACAAACAGGCUUGGCAGGAAAGCAUUUGACUCAGUAAUAGGAAAAAAGUGAAGACAUUUCAUAAAUGAAAUAAGGCUUUAAUAACGGGUACUGUAUAUUUCACGCACAUAUACAAGUAUAGUGUUCUGUUUGAUAAAAACUUGAUUUCAUAAAUACUUGAUUAGUCAUGAAAUUAAGGAAACAUGUUGCUGCAAAUUCCAGGUUAAUUUUUCUGGGCUGUAUGGCUAUCACCGAAAGAAGCAAACUCACUUUAUAUCAGGAAUGAAAUUUAAAUUUCUAGAAACCUUAAGUU